UUCGUGAAAUGAUUCCAGCAAGGGAACGAAAUAUCGGUAAAGCCGAGCGUUGUGCUAACCCGAACGGUUGCAUAUCGAACGAAAGUCGUUGCGAUCUAUUCCGAUAUAUGCGUGGGCUUUUGUAUAUAACUGCGAUACGUCCAAUACCGUUUGAAGAAUUUCUGCCGCAACGCUUUCAUCGUUACAGUGUGCUACUUAAUUUAAUUCUGGACAUAUUUAUUGAUUUAAUGAUGCUUCACAUGUUAGUGCUCUACCUUUGUACUAUUUACUUCAAUUAUGACAAUGGAGAUUUAGAGUUUCUCAUAAGUAUGGGCAUACAGGCGUUGUUGUACUUUUAUGUUAUUUUCGUAAAGUUGAUUUAUCGACGUGUGUACCCCGAUCUUAGCAAUGGAAUUUUAGAUUACUUCAAUGAAAAAUAUAUAGUUCAUUCGGCUGUCGGAUUUUCUUACGUCACCAUGAAAGCCUUCUCGGAAAAGAUCAAUAAGGGCAUAAAAAUAUUAGUUGUCUGCUCUAUCUCAGCUACAGUAUUUCUAUUGUUUAUGCCAAUUAUCUACAGAAGCCGAACGCUGCCGCUGGUCUGUUGGUAUCCUGUGGACUAUAAGGCACCGUUCAUUUACGAAAUCGCUUACUUUUUUCAAACCGUGGCGCAAGUACAACUAUCGGCUUUAUUUAUGGUUAACACCGCUUACUUCAUGUCACUUUGUUACUUACUCUCCGGACAAUUCGAUAUUCUGUACUGCAGUUUGAAGAAUAUAGUGGCAACGACCUACAUUUAUAUGGGUGCAAGCAAAAGUGAAUUAAUAGAAUUACGAGAUAAAGAACGGAUGCCAAAUGAGGAGAUCAAUGAGUAUUAUGUUACGGACGAAUUACCUUUCGAUUUGGAUUGCUUACCUCACGUACUAAAUUCAACUGAUACAGCGAGACCUCGUAGCUUUCGAGAAGCCUUUAAGUACGCUUUAAGGCCUUGUGUCGAACAUCAUAUUUUCAUUAUGGAUGUUUUGCGUAAAAUGGAGAGAUUAUUUAAUUUUAUUUGGUUGAUGAAAACGUUUGUGGUCACACUCUACCUUUGCAUUUCCGCCUUUAAUAUAGUCAAGUUAUCGGAGGGAAAAACUUUUCUGAAAUUAGUUUCUUUAAGUCAUUACUUGUUUUUGGGGCUGAGUGAAUUAUUUAUGACUUGCUAUGCCAGCGAGAUAAUCUAUAUAGGAAGUCAACGCUGCGGUGAGGCUCUAUUACGUAGUCCUUGGUACUUGCAUCUCCGUGAGGUACGCGCCGAUUAUCUGUUAUUUUUGACGAGUGCUCAAAAAACUUUCGAAUUCACGGCUGGCAAACUUUAUCCCUUACGUUUGGAAAAGUUUCGUGGGAUUAUCACAACAUCGUUUUCAUUCUUCACUUUGCUGCGGAGCAUGGAUAAGGGUGAAUGAAAGCUUUAUCUUAAUAAGACUCACGGAAGAAUUACAUGUUGUGCUACUAUAUUUUAUGUAAUAAUUCCCUAUAUAAAUGUCUAUUAAACACCGUAGUCAGCAUUUUGUAUUUAGAAGUACUCAAUAAAACAACAAACUGUCAUCACAUGGAAUAUUAAA